AUGGCUCCUACAAAAAACUUAACUACACAACAAAGAGAACGCAUAAUGCAGAAGCUACUGUCUGCAUUAAAUAAGAAGGGCAAACCAGCGCAAGGCACAAUCAACGCACUUGCGAUUGAGUUUGAGGUUUGUAGGAAAACAAUUACACGAUUGUGGAAUGAUGUCAAGAAGCAGAUGACAAACAACACCACAGUCAUUAACCUCAACAGCAAGAGAUGGGGGAAAGAAGCAUCAAACAAAAUAAAAUUUGAUGAAGAAAAAUUUAAGGCCAUCAAAUAUGAACUCAAGGGUACACAGCAUUCAGUAGCAAAGCAGAUGGAAGUGUCACAAUCAACGGUGUGUAGGUGGAAGAGGAACAAAGUAAUAAGAAGGCACACAAACGCAAUCAAACCGACUUUGAAUGAAAACAACAAGUUACACAGGUUAAGCUUUGCAUUAUCUAAAUGUGAAUACAAUGAACAAAAUGAUGCAUUCAAGUUUAAGCCAUAUACUAACGUUGUUCACAUAGAUGAAAAACACUUCUAUCUAACCCGAGAGACACAGAGUGAUGUUUUUUUUGAUGGAAAGAUAGGCAUUUGGCCAAUUAUUACACAGGAGCCAACAAAAAGAAGCUCAAAGAACAGGAAAAGGGGGGAGAUGGAAACUAAGCCAAUACAAUCAAUCACAAAAGAGCACAUUAGAGAAAUGCUUAUCACUAAUGUGCUGCCAACCAUUAGAGCAAAAUGGCCUGCUGAAUUGUCCAAGCAUAUUUACAUUCAACAAGACAAUGCCAAACCUCAUAUAGCACACAAUGACAGAGGGUUUUUAGAAGAGGCAAUGAAAGAUGGAUUUAAUAUACAAUUAGUGCAACAACCUCCAAAUUCCCCUGACAUGAAUGUGCUAGAUUUAGGUUUUUUUAGAUCAAUUCAAGCUUUGCAAUAUCAAAAAUCAGCUUACAAUGUUAAAGAGUUGCUUAAGGCUGUGAAUAAUGUAUUUCAAAAUCUGAGUCCACAAUGUUUAAGGUUUGUAUUCAUCACUUUACAAGCUUGUAUGAUAGAGGUCAUGAAAAAACAGGGGGGGUUUGACUAUCACAUUCCUCACAUGAACAAAACAAAGGUAGCAAGGGAAGGGACUUUACCAGAUUACCUGACUAUUGACAAACAAUUGGUUGUGGAUUUACUUCAAUAUUUAUUCACAAAGCUAAGUACAGAAAAAAUGAAUCAGCUUGUGGAACUCAUUGGGUAUGCAGGGGGAUAUGAAGAAGGGGAUUUGAAUGUAGAAAUGUCAGAAGUAACCAACAACCAAACUUAA